AUGCCUCCUUUCGUCGAAGACAUGGAGGAGAUGAUGAACGAGCCGCCGAUGACCAACAUUGGCACAGACCUGUUCGACAACUUUGCCAACUUUGACGACGACGAGGAACCUCUCGACUCGGGCCCUAUUCUCCCCGACAUUAUGAAGGAAGAGCUUGCGCAGACCGUCGUAAGCAUCGAGGACGAAAUGAACGGCAACAGCCAUGAUUCCGACGACGACAACGAAGACGGCGCCGACGAGGACCUAGAGAACGGACACGCCGCCGAGGCGGCCGUGGACGUGCCGACCCCAGCCAAAUCCAAGAAGGCAGCCAGCGCAAAGAAGGCCGGCCGCCCCCCCAAGGGCGCGUCGCGCGUGUCCAUCCCGGCCAAGACUCCAAACUCUGCCAAGACGAAGGCGGCUGGUGGCCGUAAGCGCAAGGUUGAGGAAGGCGCAGAGGAGCCCGUCGCCAAGCGGCCCAGUCACGGCCGCGCUACUGCCGCGGCCGCGAUGGAGGGUAUCAAGGAGGCGAGUAAGAAGCGACCGCGCGCUGCCCCUGGGACCGUCAAGAAGGAGGCACCCAAAUCUGGUCGCGGCAGACCUGGCCGAAAGCCCAAGGUCGAGCAGGAUGGGCCUGCGGCCGAGGAGUACGAGAUUGAGGACAUUUUGGACUCCGGCAUGGACCAUGAUACGAAGCAGGUCCUAUUCCUCGUCAAAUGGAAAGGCUACGGUGACGAGGCCAACACCUGGGAGCCCAAGACCAAUUUGACGCACGCGAAGGAGCUGGUGAAGGAGUUUGAGACAGCCAAGAAGAAGGAAGAGAAGGCGGAGAAGGCGGCAAAGAAAGGAACGACUGCUGCCAAGAAACCCGCACCAGCAAAACCAGCUCCACGCAAAGCUGCUGCGAAGGCACCUGUCAAGAAAACUGCAGCAAAGGCAGCUCCUGGGCGUCCGGGGCGUCCUGGCCGCCGCGGUCGGCCCAAGAAGACGUAG